AUGUCCAUCGAAAACCUCAAGACCUUUGACCCCUUCGCCGAAGCUGACGAAGACACCGGCGACACUAAAAAGUCGCAAAAUUACAUCCAUAUACGGAUUCAGCAACGCAAUGGUCGUAAGACUCUGACGACUGUCCAAGGUCUCCCGAAGAAGUUCGAUCAGAAGAAGAUCCUCAAGGUCAUCAAGAAGAAAUUCGCUUGCAAUGGCACCAUCGUGAACGACACCGAGAUGGGGGAGGUUAUUCAGUUGCAAGGAGACCAACGCAAGGAUGUCCAAGAAUUCUUAGUCGACAAGAAGGAGGGACUUGAGCUUGAUGCCAAGACCAUCAAGGUCCAUGGUUUCUAA